UGUGUGUGUGUGUGUAUUCUCAGCAUACAUGCAAAAUCUUCUUGCAUUGAGUUUAUAAUCAAUUAUUAAUCCACCAUGGAUAUUGUAUGCAAGAAAUCUCAAUCAACCACAAACCUUCGAAAGAUGGUUCACAUUGCCACCAGGCCAAAGAAAAUUCUCCAACUAUGGCUAUGGUACUGGGCUCCUCAAUAUUACAGAGAGAACCCCAAGGAAUCUUUGCUAGUCGGAUCAAAAUUCUCGACAGGCGGCAAACUGGUCGCCAAAGGGGCGAGUGCUCCUGAAAAGGUGCCAAGAGGUUUUCUAGCGGUGUACGUGGGGGCAGAGCAACGGAGGUUUGUGAUUCCAUUGAGUUGUUUGUCAACGCCAGAAUUUGUGGGUUUGAUGGAUAAAGUUGCUGAGGAAUUUGGUUAUGACAGUCAAGGUACUGGGCUACAUAUUCCAUGCGAAGAGGAAGACUUUGAGGAAAUACUGCUAAGAUGCUGGAGAUUACAAAGGGACAAGGCUUCUUCCAAGAGCAGGAUCAAGAGGAGCAACACAUCGUCUUGAA